AUGGCGUGCAAGGAGUUUGACGGAGGGAGGAAGACGCCUGCGAGCGUGCGUGAGGCCGCUCCCGGGAAGGGGUGGCAGGAAGCUCGCGGAGCCAAUGGGCGAGGCGGGCGGGCGGCAGCGCGCGUGCGCACUGGGACCCGGGGCUGCGGGCGGGAGGCGGGGAGAGUGGGGGAGGGGAGCGGGCAGGAGCGCGGUGGAGCUGCUGCUGCCGCCGCAGCCGCCGCCGCAGCGAAGAGGCCAUGUUGUGUGGUGUGUGGGGCGGGGGGAGGAGGAGGAGGGAGUAAAGCCGAGAGAGGAGACGGGAGAGAGACACCACACACACACGGCACAAGAUGGCCGGAGAGGCAGCAGCACCCCGAGCUGUCAGGCGCUCCGCCGCGGCCGUGGGGCCCGCCGGCCGGCGGGAAGCUGCGCCUGGGCGACCCUCAGGCCCGCGGGAGCGAAGCGGCCGCGGCUGAGGCGAGGCGGGCCGCGCGCCGGUGUCGGAGCCCGCGGCAGAUGCGCCCGGGGCGGCCGGGCCCUCGACGCCGAAAGCGCCGCUGCGGCAGCGGCCGCGGAGGCUCCCCGGGGCCCCGGCGACUGGACCCGGCGCGGGCGGGAGGCUCGGGCGGGCGGCACGGCGCGGAACGCGGGUGCGGGCGACCUGGAGGUGCCGACAGCCGCGCUCGGACCCGGUAACUUACCAGAUUAAAUAUGGUCGAUGAUGGUUCUGAACAAAUACAGCUUUUAUGAGGUAUGCCAUUUUGAAGACUGAGACCGUGGAGUUUUAUCCUUGAGGAUAAAGGAAAUAUUUGCAAAAGUCUAUUUUAUAUAGCAAAAAUGUGAAUCCUGAGACUGAAUUCUCUAAAGGGCCUGUACAACGUAAUAGAUGUUGGUGGAACCAUUUACACCCAGUCAGCUUGAAGAGUCUCAAAUGGACCCUACCACUGAGAAAACAAGAUGGCAGUCCACUAUGGGGAAUUGAGGAAAAUGGAUUAAUACAAGAGUGCUGUGAUAAUAUACAACCAAGACAGGGUUCUUUUAACAUGGAUUUCAUGAAAUGAAUGAAGACAUAGGUUUCUUACCCAGCACAAAUGGACUUUCUAAAGACUUUUUGUAUCAUUAAAACAAGCACAUUUUUGACAUUUGGAGAAGAAAGAUGGCACAUUAACACAAAUGAUAGUUUGUAUGCCUGGAACUUUUUGCAGUUUGAUUUGUAUGAGUAUGACCUUGUGAAAUGUUAACUUUAAUAAAAUUUCUAACACUUUAAAA